AUGGUGGGUAAGAAAUCUGGGGCAAGUGGGGAGAUGCUGAAGAAAGAGGGGCUGGCGAGAUUUCACAAUAACAUGGCCCUUACGAGCUGGCCACAGGUUCCAGCUAUAAACCAGAAGAACUAUUAUACUGAGUACCUGAAACGAGAUGACCAAAUCCUUGCCUACCGACUUCAGAAUGAAGAAGCCCGCAAUCGCAUGACCAAAAGUGCCAAAGAUCGAGAUAGAGCGCUGGCAAUGUCUAAAACAGAGCUUCCACUGCCAGACACCGAGCAAGAUGCUGAUGGAGACACCGGGUUGGACGACGCGAACGGGGAAUCCGCCCAAGAGGUGGUUGGCUCCAAAAUCAUCGUUAUGCACGUUGGAAGCCAGAAUCUACGGAUCGGGCUCGCAAGUGACGCGUUGCCCAAAACUACGCCCAUGGUCAUUGCACGCAAGUCUCACGAGAACGAGGCGGAAGAAGACGGUGGUGAGCCCAGACCGAAACGCUUAAAGCUUGAUGAUGGACGGCUUAUGGAGCCAGAUAAGAUGUUUGGACCUGAGUUUUCAUCCCAAUACACUACAAUGUGUGCAGAACUCAGAGCACAUAUGCGUGCAAAUAAAAGACGAACACUUCCCAACUCGAAAGAAAUGGUGAUCAAUUACAAUCGUAGAACAGUGCCAGAAACCAUCUCUGAGCAUAAUGAUCCAAUGCGUAUUGAAUGGACGGAGGUUCCGUCUGACCCAAAGCAAGCCCCUGAGUACCUCACCGGAGAAGCUGCAUUGAGAAUACCAGACUAUUCUAACCCUCGAUACAAGCUAUUUUGGCCUAUCAGGCACGGAAGGCUCAACGAAAAAGACUACGACAACAAGACCCUGCUUUUUCUAGAUAUCGCACUCAUCCUCGAAGAGGCCAUGAAGUGCCAGCUUAACUUGAUCCGCAAAAAGGACUGGGGCCAGUACUCCUGCGUUUUCAUUAUCCCAGACCUUUACGAACGGGCAUACGUUACGCAGAUUUUGGAGAUGCUGAUGCGAGAAUUUGGAUUUGCCCGCGUCUGCUUUGUGCAGGAGAGUCUCGCGGGGACCUUUGGAGCUGGAUAUACGUCAGCUUGUGUCGUGGAUAUAGGUGCCCAAAAGACUUCAAUUUGCUGUGUUGAGGAAGGCAUGUGCAUUGAGAGCUCGCGCGUGAAUCUCAAAUAUGGCGGGACAGAUGUGACUGAGACAUUUAUCAAAAUGAUGCUCUUUGACCAUUUUCCGUACGAGGAGAUCAAUCUAAACCGUCGCUACGACUUCCUACUGGCUGAAGAAUUGAAAAGGAAUUUCUGCAUGAUGAAUGAAUCCAACGUCUCUGUGCAGGUGUCCGAGUUCCAUCUUCGGGCAUCUGGCCAGGAUACACGCAAGUACACCUUCAAGGCCUACGAUGAGGUCAUCCUUGCACCAAUGGGCCUAUUUCAGCCUGAGAUAUUCGACGUCUCCCAAAAACUCAAGGGACGUCGAAAGCUAAUCAGCCGAUCAUACGAUUUAUACGAUGGCCAACCAAACGACCCCACCUCAGCCGCCCAGUCGGAAAUCCUCAUGGCGAUUGCGCCCUCUUCACCACCAAACAGCAAUAACAGCAACAAUAAUGGCACAGGUAACUCUCAACCAAACCUCGCAGACGUACAAUCAACACCCAGCCGUUCCCAAACCCUCAACGCCAUAAGCCGUCUACAAGACCAAGACCCAACCCCACGUUCUUCCGUCGCCGGCUCCCCAGCCCCCGACGCGAUCGGUACGCCGCAACAAGGCGGCCCGGGAACUCCAGCCCCAGUCUUCCAAGCCCCAGCACCCUCCACAACCCCACGCCGGCCCACCGUCGAAGAACGCGACGACAUCCUCCCCAUCUUCCCACUAGACAAUGCCAUCUUCACGGCCAUCGGUGGCGUAGCACGCGUCGAGGAGAGGAAGUUCACCGACUUCCUCGGCGGGGUGUUGGUGAUUGGUGGGGGGAGUUUGAUUUCGGGGUUCCAUUCGUUCUUGGAGGAGAGGAUGCAUAUUCGGCGGCCUGAGUUGGCCAGUGCGGUUAUGGUUGGGACGCCGCCGAGGGAGUUGGAUCCGCAGGUUGUGGUGUGGAAGGGGGCGAGUGUUUUUGCGAAGUUGGAUGCGACAAAUGAUAGUUGGAUUGGCAGGCUAGAGUAUGAUCGGUUGGGGAGCCGGAUUAUGACUUAUAAGUGUAUGUGGGCUUGGUGA